AUGGUCUUCUCAAUCAAAUUGGCAGGAUUUGGGCAUGCAGCAAUCAGCAUUCUUGUUCAUGACAUCUUCAGGGAUAGAGUUAGCUACAUCUAUUCAAAUGUGAAUGCAGCUGGAGCAGGGCUACUGUUAACAGUAAAAGGAAUGAAACUAUAUGAGGGUGGAUAUAACAAUUGUAUCAUUGAAACUGGCUCCUCAAAAGUUGAUUUCGAGGUUGGAGAGAACCAUGGAGAAUGCUAUGCUCGCAGACCUCACGAACAGCUUAAUACUAUGAUUCUAGGUGGCAAUGACACUACUGUGGUUACUUUCACAUGGGCCCUCUCAUUACUACUCAACAAUCCUCACGUUUUGAAAAGAGCCCAAGAUGAGUUGGACAUGCACGUUGGCAGCGACCGACAAGUGGACGAAUCAGAUAUAAUUAAGUUGGAAUAUCUCCAAGCAAUAGUCAAGGAAACAUUGCGUCUCUACCCUGCAGCUCCACUAGCUGCCCCACAUGAGGCCAUAGAAGAGUGUACCAUAGCUGGUUUUCAUGUUCCAGUAGGAACUCGUAUACUGCCAAAUCUCUAUAAGAUUCAUAGGGAUCCACGUGUAUGGUUGGACCCAUCUAAAUUUAAGCCAGAGAGGUUUCUCACAAGCCAUGUGGAUGUUGAUCUUCGAGGUCAGCACUUUGAAUUAAUCCCUUUUGGCUCUGGUAGGCGAAUGUGUCCAGGGCUUUCAUUUGCUCUUCAAGUCCUACACUUGGGUCUGGCUCGUUUGCUUCAUGAGUUUGAGUUUGCAAAUCCUUCCAACUCACCUGUGGAUAUGACAGAGAGCCCAGGGCUUACCAAUAUCAAGGCAACACCACUUGAAGUCCUCCUCAGCCCACGUCUUCCUCCUAAGCUUUAUGGAUAG